CACAAGUUUGAUAACAAAAUUAAAAGUGGACUGGAUUUGUCUCUUUUUCUUGUCGAACGGCAGUACGAAGACAUGUCAUCCGGUGGUGAUAAUAAGUUGAAAGUGGCCGUGAUCGGCCAGAGUGCGUUUGGGGCCGAGGUGUAUAAGCUGAUCAGGUCAAAUGGCCAUGCGAUCGUCGGCGUCUUCACCAUCCCGGAUGUCAAUGGAAAAGAGGACAUACUGGCCCAGACAGCCGCAGCUGAUGAUGUACCCGUCUUCAAAUUCAAAUUUUGGCGCAGCAAGGGAGUGGUCAUCCCAGAAGUAUUUGACAAAUACAAAUCCGUCGGAGCUGACGUGAAUGUGAUGCCAUUCUGCAGCCAGUUUAUUCCGAUGGAGGUCAUCAAUCAUCCGAAGCAUCAGUCGAUAUGCUAUCAUCCGUCAAUCCUUCCAAGACAUCGAGGCGCUUCUGCUAUCAAUUGGACUCUCAUCUGCGGGGACAAAAAAGGUGGUUUCACCAUCUUCUGGCCGGAUGACGGUUUGGAUACCGGUGCUAUCCUGCUAACACGUGAGUGCGACGUGGAUCCAGAUGAUACACUGAACUCCAUCUACAAGCGGUUCAUGUUUCCUGAGGGCGUCAAGGCCAUGGGAGAAGCCGUCCAGAUGAUCGCAGCUGGAACUGCGCCGAAGAUUGUCCAACCAGAAGAGGGCGCAACCUAUGAAGCUAAAAUGAUCAAGAAGAUCGUCGAGAUCAAGUGGGACCAAUCUGCUUCCACCAUUCACAACUUCAUUCGAGGAACUGAUAAAGUCCCUGGUGCUUGGACGAUGAUUGAUGGAAAGCAAGUGACAAUGUACGGAUCAAAGUUAUGGGAAGGUGCAACGCCAGAGGGCUCUGAGGUGGAGAUACCUGGGAUGACGCAGAAGGCGAUCGUUCAUUCGGGUGGGAUGUUGCUGUUUGGGAAUGAUGGGAAAGCGCUGAAUGUUGAACAGUUGAAAUUUGAAGACGGAAAGAUGAUUCCAGCAUCCAAGUACGGCCAGACGGGUGGUGGGGCCGGAGACUUGAAGCUGACGGAUGAGGAACAAAAGAUGCAGGCGACCAUUAAGACCAUCUGGCAAGGGAUCCUGGCAAAAGAGGAGAUUCAGCCGGACAUGGACUUCUUUGGGGCUGGUGCAGGGUCCAUGGAUGUGACCAGGUUAGUUGAAGAAGUCAAGGACAAAUGCAACGGGAUUGUCCUACAGCCGGAAGAGGUCUACAUGGCUACCACUUUUGCCGAUUUUGUUGGUGCGGUCGUUGUGAAGGGACGCGGUGGCGGCGCAGCUGAGUUUACAUACGACGCGGUAAAAAUGCACGUGAACAAAAUGGACAUCAUGUUCCCCCAUCAGCUGUUUAUAAACAACGAGUUCGUGGACGCAGCAGACGGACAGACAUUCGACAACAUGAAUCCGGCCGACGAAUCGCUAAUCUGUAAAGUCGCCAAGGGGUCAAAGGUCGAUGUGGAUAAGGCAGUCAAUGCGGCCAGGAAAGCAUUUUACGGAGGUGAAUGGGGCAAGAUGAAUGCGCGGGAUCGCGGGAAACUGAUGUAUCGCCUCGCUGAUGUGAUGGACGAGCACAAGGAGGAACUUGCGACCCUGGAAUCGAUCGACUCGGGUGCCGUGUACACCCUCGCUCUCAAAACACAUAUCGGGAUGUCGAUAGACACGUUUAGGUACUUCGCAGGGUGGUGUGAUAAGAUUGAGGGCAAAACCAUUCCAAUUAACCACGCCAGGCCAAAGAAAAACUUGACAUUUACGAAAAGGGAACCUAUGGGUGUGGUCGGUCUCGUAACGCCGUGGAACUACCCGCUUAUGAUGCUGGCGUGGAAAAUGGCCGCCUGCCUCGCUGCCGGAAAUACUGUCGUUUUGAAACCAGCUCAGGUCACCCCACUGACCUCUCUCAAGUUCGGUGAGCUGUGCAUAAAGGCCGGGUUCCCUGCAGGAGUUGUCAACAUCGUGACAGGAGGUGGCACAGUUGUUGGAAACGCGAUUGUCACGCAUCCCCUUAUCAGGAAGCUGGGCUUCACCGGGUCAACUGAGGUCGGGAUGACCAUCAUGGAAGGAUGUGCCAAGAGUAACCUGAAGAAAUGCUCGCUGGAACUCGGAGGGAAAUCACCGCUGAUCAUAUUCAAGGACUGUGACUUCAGCAAGGCUGUGAAGAAUGGCUGCAAUGGUGUCUUCUUCAACAAAGGGGAGAACUGCAUCGCAGCCGGACGUCUUUUCGUCGAGGAAUCCAUCCAUGACCGCUACGUUGCCGCGGUGAUUGAAGAGAUUAAGAAAAUGAAAAUCGGUGACCCCCUGGACAGGACGACAGAUCAUGGACCCCAGAAUCACAAGGCGCACAUGACCAGUCUUCUAAACUACAUCAAAAAGGGCGUCGACGAAGGUGCCAAACUUGUCUAUGGCGGUAAACAAGUCGAUCGUCCAGGUCUAUUUUUAGAACCAACCGUCUUUACUGACGUCGAGGAUAAAAUGUUUGUCGCCAAGGAGGAGUCGUUUGGGCCAAUUAUGAUCAUAUCGAAGUUUAAGGACGGAGAUCUUGAUGGCGUCAUCCGACGAGCAAAUGAUACAGAGUUCGGCCUGGCUUCCGGCGUCUUCACAAACGAUCUCAGCAAAGCUCUCCGCGUGUCCGACGGGCUCGAGGCGGGGACGGUCUUCGUGAAUACCUACAACAAGACUGAUGUGGCAGCACCUUUUGGUGGAUUCAAGCAAUCGGGCUUCGGAAAAGACUUAGGUGAGGAAGCACUGAAUGAAUACCUGAAGACGAAAGUCGUGACUGUUGAAUAUUAGACGCAUGUCUGAUCAGACGAUAGGUACGAAUUGAUGGACAAUCGUCAUAAAUUACUACUGGUCAAAAAGGAAGGGAAAGUCUCCCCUGAAGGAAGUGUCUAUGCCACUAAGAAUUCCUUGGCAUUAACAUGUUUGAAGAGUUUAGUCAAAUAUUACCUGUCUCUGUGAGUUCAGUCUGCUAUUGGGGGAAAUUUGUUUAUUGGGGAAAAAAUUGUUGUAUGGGGGAAAAUCUGUUAUUGGGUGAAAAUCUGUUAUUUUGGGAAAAUCUGUUUUUGAGGAAAAUCUGUUAUUCUGGAAACAUCUGAUAUUUGGAAAAAAACUGUUAUUGGGGAAAAUCUGUUCUUUGGGGAAAAUCUGUUAUUGGGGAAAAAAAUCUGUUAUUGAGGAAAAAUCUGUUAUUGGAAAAAAAAUCGGUUAUUGAGGAAAAAUCUGUUAUUGGAAAAAAAUCGGUUAUUGAGGAAAAAUCUGUUAUUGGGAAAAAAUCUGUUGUCUGACAAGUGCUGUCCUUAGUAGAGAGGUGUCCUGAUUAGAGAGGUAAAAUUGAAGACAGCAACCAAUUUGGGACCAAUGACUAGUGUCCUUAAUAGAGAGGGUGUCCUUGAUAGAGAGGUGUCCGCUAAGAGAGGUUCCGCCACUGUGCUACUGUGCAAUUGUGCUAUACUGAAUACAAUAGAAUUACCUCUCUAUGAAGGACACCCUUGGUACUGACAAGUGCUGUCCUUAGUAGAGAGGUGUCCCGAUUAGAGAGGUAAAAUUGAAGACCGCAACCAAUUUGGGACCAAGGACUAGUGUCCUUAAUAGAGAGGGUGUCCUUGAUAGAGAGGUGUCUGCUAAGAGAGGUUCUGCUGUACCUAAAACCUCAAAACCUUGAGGCAGUAAAGUAAUCUGGUCAUAAACACUACAGCCUGAUGAAGUAGAAAUCUUAUUAAUUAUUCACAAACAGUGACCAGGUUAUUACAAAUGGCUCUCAGCUGCUUCACUUACGGACUCGCCAUCAUAAAUACUGAUCUGAUCUUGUUCCAAAACCAUGUCAGUGGAAAGGAGAACAUCCUUAAGCACACGCAAACCGAAGAUAUUUGGUGCAGCAACCUGGGAUAAUUUUCUGAUCCAGCAAUUAUCGGUUUCACUUGGCAGACAAGCAAUCUUUUAUUGCUCAUCACAGUGAUAAUUAUCACAUUUUGCAGAGAGCAAAGUCUCAUUUGUAAGCCAGGUGACAUUUGUUGCAGUGACCUGUGAUAUUUAUCACAUGAGACAAAGAUCGCUCGUUUGCAGGAUCUUUAGAGUUUCUUCUCAAGAUGCUUUAUUUUUGAUUUUGAGCGUGAUUUUGUGUUCGUGAAACUUAACUGUAGAUAUUAUAAAGGUACUUAGAGGUGAAUUAAGAAAUAAGGAGGUUAGAUAUGUACACCGGUGAGGAAUAUAAUCAGUGAUGAUGUCAGAUGGAACCUCGGCCAUCUUCAAAAAAGAUAGCGGGCCAGAGACUGUUUGUAUUGCACCAGUAAUAGUUAAACCGAGUAUACCCGGUCUACGUCACAGGGGACUGAAAUGUCAACCGAGUACAGUUGGUCUAAGACUAAUGGCAACCUCCUUUGGUCAAAAAUGGUUUAAUGGCAUCAUGUCUUUUGUUAUGAAUGUGAGGAUAGUGACAGAGAAUCUUAGCAAAUCAUGUGCUAUGUUGACAAAAUAUAUUAGGUGCUUAAUAAUAUGCUAGUAAAAGCAGAUGUUAAUCUUGAGUGGCUAUUUCUAAUGAUGCUAAAUUUUAAGUUCGCCCAUAGUCCUUCUCUGAUUUUGGAAUAUUUAUUUCUAUUUUGAAUAAAUUUAAUCUUGCCAGAUUCUUCUGUGUAUGUUGCUUUGGUCUGUCAAGGAGGUAACCGGAAGUACACCAAUGCCUUGGGAUCCAUUUAUGGUCAAACAUGUACACUGAUGCACUUUCGGUGUUCUCCUUGGUGGUCUUUGAAAAAAAUCAGCCUCGUCCGAAGUCAUGGCGCCUCUGCCAAUUCCUGUCGUGAGGUUGGAUUGUUGCUCCUUUUACCGGAGCGAUCGACCAAUCAAUAUCACGAGAUCUCGCAGGGAGGCGCGUGGUUUUACCAGGCUGAAACAAAAUAUAAAUAUCGUAGGUGAUCAUGCCUUGUGUGUAUAUCAAGAUAAGAAUAAAUUGAUAAUAUAAUUUCGUUAAAAAGAUGUUAUU